AUGACCACACAACAGAUAGAACACCUGGGACAGUGGAAAAUCACCGUGUGGGAGGAAGAAAACUUCCAGGGCAAACGAUGUGAGUUCAUGACGGAGUGCCAGAACAUCAUGGAGCGGAGUUUUCACAAGAUCCGCUCCAUCAAGGUGGAGAAUGGCCCAUGGAUAGGGUAUGAGUAUCCUGAGUACCAGGGCCAGCAGUUCAUACUUGAGAAAGGAGAUUAUCCUCGCUGGGAGGCCUGGAGUGGGAACAGUGGCUACAGAACUGAACACCUGCUCUCUUUCCGACCAAUCCGCUGUGCUAACCACAGUGACAGCAAAGUGACUCUGUAUGAGUGUGAGGACUUCCAAGGUCGUAAGUUUGAAAUGUGUGAUGACUACCCAUCACUGCAAGCCAUGGGAUGGUGCAGCAAGGAAGUUCCUUCAAUCAAAGUUAACUCUGGCGCUUGGGUUGCUUACCAGUACCCAGGAUACCGUGGAUACCAGUAUGUCCUGGAAAGAGACCGACACAAUGGAGAGUUCCGGAACUACAACGAGUACAGCACCCAGGCUCACACCAACCAGAUCCAGUCUAUCCGCAGAAUUCAGCACUAAAUCAACCUGAACAGGAUAUUUCUGCAUUAGUAUGAAAUUUAUCAUAACAGGCAAUAAAAGAAUCAUUCAA